AUCUUUGUUUUUUAGUGGACAAGAUAUCCAACCAAUCUGUGAAACUUCUAAUUAUGUAAAAAAAUGUUCGAAUUAUGAAAAUUCAUAUGGAAUUUGUGAAAAGCAUCCGAUGUAUGCCGUUUCAAAAGAACUGGAUUAUUGUUCAGUAUUAACU